AUGGUCCAACUGAGAGACUUGCUAGUCAAGGCUGCCGAUAUCACAGGAGUCAAUUCUACCGUAUUUGAAAAAUACCGAUCGGGAGCUAUAUCUAUCGGGUGGAAUAUUAAAUACCUUCCAUUUUCCUCGUUCAAACGUCAGCUACAGGCUUUGAGGGACCGACUGGAUUUCUCUCUUGAUCUCAUGUUUGUACCUAUAAGGACCAACAAGAUGGAUAAGGAGCAUUGUUUACAUUUCGAGGACGGGAAGCCUUUUAAUAAGGGCCCUGAUGUCACACCGUGGAUAUUCGCCGAUUGCCGUCGCUUGGAUGUCUGGUACCGCAUCACUCGCUAUAGAUAUGCCCUGAGCCCGUUUGAAGACAUUAUGAUGAAUCAAGUGUUCCUUCAUGCUAUAGCAGAAGUCAGGCCGGAAGCCAAUACUCUUGACGAUGAGCUCGUUAGAUGCCUGAGCCUGAUCGGCUCCGUCGUGGCCAAUUUCAUUGAGCUGGCCAGAAUUGCAAAGAUUGACUUACAGGCUCAUUCAAUCCCUGCGUCCAUCGCUAUGGUCUUUCAAGCUACUGAGUGGCAUUUCUUUGUAGUCGACUUGUACUAUGAUGAUCAGGAAGAUACUUGCUUUGCAAUCAAUGAGAUCGAAGAGUUGCGUCUCAUCUCAACGACAGCAGACGGAUUAUAUCGACUCAAGAAUAUUGUCCGCGCUAUUGCCGACUUCACUCUCGAUACCUGGUGGUCCUGGAUUAAAGAUUUACUUCUACCUGGAUUGGAAGCACUCGCUAGAGAAGCUAGUGAUGAGCCGCAUUAUUCUCUCCAAGGUCCGGUGUACGAUGCAGAAUCAUUUGAUAGCGAGUCCGAUAACCUGAGUCAGGAUGGUUUUUCAAUAUCUGCGGUGCUUGGAGAUGAUGGGAUUAUCAUCUGA